AUGGCUGCAGUUCUCAAAAAGAGAGCCUUAGCGGAAUACAAUAAAUCAUUCCAGCAGGAUGGUCCAUCGUCCAAAAAGUUGCAUCUAGCAAAAAAACCGCUCAUAGGCAGUUCAGCUGCAGCAUUCGUGGGACUGCUAGAGAAAUGUAAAUCUAGUGAUGAGGCAUUACAGUUACUGUUACGCAUCUCAGAUUGCCUGCAGUUCCAAGAAUCAGAUGUAGAGGAAGCCAUUAAGAAGCUAUCAGAACAUUUUCAAUCCGAAGAGGAGUCAGUGGUCAGGGUUAAAAUACUCUGGCUCUUCUGUGACAUAGGUCUAGAAUGCCCCGGAGCGAAUUUGAAUAACUUGAUUGAUGAGACCAUACAUUUAAUUAAAAAUGAAACAUCACAUAAGGUGAUAGCACAAGGCAUAGCAACACUACUUAAACUUGGCACUAAGCUUAGUGACGAUAAGAUUCUCAUGAUGAGGCUUGUCGGUGUCGCUAGAGACAAUCUUAAAGAUACCAGCCAUCAAGUGAAAUGUAAAUGUCUGCAGUUGAUAAGUGAACUCUACCCGAUAUAUCCCGAGUCUGAUAGAACUGUAGAAAUGACAGCAGAGGCUGAUACUAUUGUCAAGUUGCUUGGAGACUACAGUAAUGCUGAGGAUGCGAGGGUAAGAUGUGAAGCAUUUCAAUCCCUCUUGACAUUGCAUGAGAGAGGCCAAACAUUAAGUGCUAAUCUAUAUGAACCGGUAUGUGCAGCACUCUCCGACGACUAUGAGAUAGUAAGAGAAGUGGCGCUCAAACUAGUGUGGCUACUGGGAAAUAAGUACCCGGAAAAUUCAGUAACAUUACAAGAUGGUGAAACAACAAUUCGUCUUGUAGAUGAUGCGUUUAUUCGUAUUUGUUCGGCUGUGAAUGAUCUGUGUAUGCAAGUAAGAGCUCUGUCUUGUUCAUUGCUGGGCACAACGAGAGCUGUCUCCGAUCGCUUCCUCUUGCAAACGUUGGAUAAACAACUCAUGAGUAACAUGAAGAAAAAACGCACCCUCCAUGAACGUAGUUCUGAGUUGGUUCGUUCCGGAGCAUGGGCGAGUGGUCGUCGUUGGGCUGAUGACGCUCCCGGUCAACUGCUGGAACAAAGCGCUGUACAACUACUGCCAGGAGGCGCAGCGGGAGCCUUCGUACAUGGCUUAGAAGACGAACUCAUGGAGGUGCGAACAGCAGCUGUAGAUGCUGUUUGUCAGUUGUCGCUAGUGAACCCGGUGUUCGCGACCACGUCCUUGGACUUUCUGGUUGAUAUGUUCAAUGAUGAAAUAGAAGACGUCCGUUUGAGAGCCAUAGACAGUCUGACACGCAUCUCACACCACAUAAUACUCAGAGAGGACCAGCUGGAAAUCAUUUUGGGAGCUCUGGAGGAUUACUCUAUGGACGUGAGGGAAGGUUUACACAGAAUGCUGGGAUCAUGUACCGUAGCUUCCAAGACAUGCCUUGAGAUGUGUAUAGACAAAAUAUUAGAGAAUCUCAAACGUUAUCCUCAGGAUAAGCGUUCGACGUUCCGUUGCGUGCAGCAAAUGGGCAUCAAGCACGCGUCUCUGGUGUUGCCGCUAGUUCCGCGACUACUGGCCGUUCAUCCGUUCUUCGACAUGCCGGAACCGGAUGUGGAUGAUCCCGCUUAUAUGUGUGUCCUGAUUCUGGUCCUGAACGCUGCUCAACACUGCACCACAAUGCUGCCUCUUUUAGAAGACUACACAGUCAAACAUUACACAUACUUAAGGGAUACCAUGCCUCAUUUGGUACCACAUUUACCUAUAGGUGACAAUCAACAGUCGAGGAGUGAGCUGAGCGAGCUGGAAGUUGAUGACAGCGCCGUGCGUCGCUUCAUGGAGAGUGUGUUACAACACAUUGAUAAUGUGUCGCUGUCCGCUAACGUGAGGCUCAAGAUGAUGCAGACUGUGGAGGAACAGCUCAAUAAGUUAUCAGAGAUGGAGCCGUUGGUAGCUGGUGCUGCUAACUUCACGUCUCUGUUCGUCCGCGGCGUGGUGUCAUUGAAUGAGGCCCUCACCGCGCCCUCCGGCCCGCCGAUACACGCGCUGCAACACCUCACUACGGACUGUCUCAGACUCCAGCACCAGUUCAGCGGAGUGACUGAACAGGAGACGGCCUGCGUGUAUCAGCUGGCGUUGCGCGUGUGCGCCGCGAGGCUGACGGCCGCGGUGGAGGGGGGAGGAGGGGGUGUGGCUGCGGCGGGGGGAGGGGUAGCGACCGCCGCGGGAGGGGGAGGGGGGCCCGGACACGCCGCCGCCCUGUCCGCACUGGCCGCGCUGACACACCACGCUGAAGUACUAGACAGAUUAUUGGCAUCCGCCGGUGUGGAACCCGAUCCAUUCACAAUAGCGGUGUUCCAGCAGCUGUCAGCGAGUGAACACAAGCCGGCGUCGCUGGCUCGAGCGCUGCAGCCGCUGCUUUUAUCAGCACCACUACCAAUAAUACCUAAACCUAACCUCAAGAUCCGUAUGUGCUCAGCGAGUAUCAUAGAACCGGCGACAGAUAACGACACAGUGUUGCGUUUCUGUGCCGGUCUAAUAACCGGUGUGGCGUUAGAGGCAGAAGUGGUGAGGGUCAGUGACCCCGCUCAGCUGAGGGUCAAGGUCGCGUACCCUGAUACGAGGGUACACGCGCUGGUACCGCCCAGAGAUCAUUUGCGACCUCUGGACCAUACUAAUACAAAUGACGAUGGAACCCAGAAUGUUCGUUUGCUGACGAAAGUGUUGAUAUCUCAUGGUGUGUGGACAGAGCCGUGUGGAGUUGAUAUAUCAGUUUGUUUGGCUGUUGAGGACGGAGGUAGUCGAGAAGCAGCACCUUUAGUAGAGCUAUGUCGACCUGUCCGUGUCACCGUAGCACCAAAACCAAUUAAACGUGGCAUAUAG